UUUUCCGUCAAAUUCGUUGCGGCUUGUCAUUGUGUGAGGUUUCAUAUUUUGUAACAAAAAGUAUUUUAUUCGUAGAUAAAUUAACUAUAGCAUAUUAAAAUGGCAUUUAUGGGCGAUAUGAUGAAUCCAGCGCCCUUCUGGCAGAAUGGACCGGCUCCUGGGUCUUUCUACAACUUCCCGGGGAAUGCGACAAGUUUCGGUCCCAUGAACCGACCCGUACAGGAAUUCAAAGCUCACUCUGCAACACCAAUAACAACUACCACAACAGUCAUUGGAGUCAAGUUCGACAAGGGCUGUGUGAUCGCCGCAGACACAUUAGGGUCAUACGGUACAUUAGCCAGGUUCCGUGACUGCCCCCGUGUGAUGAAAGUCAAUGAUCUGAUCCUGCUCGGUAACGGCGGAGACUACGCAGAUUAUCAGUACUUGAAAGAUAUUAUUGAACAGAAAAUUAUUGACGAGCAGUGUAUCGGAGAUGGUCUGCUACUGAAGCCACGUUCCCUGCACUGCUGGUUGACUCGCGUGCUCUACAACAAGCGCAGCAAGAUGGACCCCUUGUGGAGCAACUAUAUUGUAGCUGGUAUUCAGGACGGCGAGCCCUUCCUAGGAGCAGUAGACAAGCUGGGCACAGCCUACGAGGACUCCGCCAUUGCUACCGGACUUGGCGCAUACAUGGCGACGCCGCUCGUCCGGGACGCCGUCGACAAGGGGCCCCUGGAUGAGGAGGCGGCUAAAGCGCUAGUCCGCAAGUGCAUGGAGGUACUAUUCUACCGCGACGCGCGCUCGUUCCCGCGCUACCAGCUGGGCGUGGUGACCUCCGCCGGCGUGCGUCUGGAAGAGCCCACGGAGCUCAAGCACGACUGGUCGCUCGCGCACAUGAUACACAUGAAGUGAUGCGAUAAUAUAUAAUGUUUUCUAAUUA